AUGGCAUCGCAGAUGCAGGCUCAAAAAGAGCUGCGGCGAACAAGCUCAAAGCUUGAGUCGAGGCAAGGGGGCUACCAGCUUGUUUCAACCUGCCCCUUCGAGUGUGACAAGAGGAAUGGGGCUGAAGACGACAAGAAGAAGGAGAAGAACGAUCUUGAGGGCUUUGCUACCAUUUUCGGCGACAACAAGAUCCUUACGAGCCUGUUAGUCUUCGUUCCGCUGGGGCUCAUGGCACACCAGCUGCACUGGGCCGACACUUAUGUGUUCUCCUUCAACUUUGUCGCGAUCAUCCCACUGGCGUGGCUCAUAGGGAAAGCCACAGAGGAUGUGGCCGCCAGGAUAGGGGAGACGGCUGGUGGUCUUUUGAAUGCAACCUUUGGCAAUGUGGUCGAGAUGCUGCUCUGCAUUGCCGGAAUUCGCAACAACGAAAUCAGCGUUGUCCAAUGCACGCUGCUUGGGUCUAUCCUCAGCAACCUAUUGCUGGUAAUGGGCUGUGCCUUCCUCUUUGGUGGCCUGUACUAUCCGAUCCAACGGUAUAACCAGGCCGGGGCUGCCACGCAAUGCUCUUUGAUGGCCCUGAGUGUUUUCGCAAUUGGUUUGCCGACGAUCUAUGUCAACGUGCUCAAGCAGGAGUCUGAGUGGGAGCACAUGGUGGAGGUGUCGCGAUGGGCUUCGGUGUGCCUCCUCGGCGUCUAUUUUGCGUAUUUGGUGUUCCAGCUAAAAACGCACGCAAGCCUCUUCCAGGACGAAGGCGAAGGCGAGGGCGAGGAGGAAGAGGAGCCCGACCUGAGCCCAGUUACAGCAGCAAUUCUGCUGCUGGUCUGCACCGUUGUUACGUCCUAUGCAACCGAUGCCCUCAUUGAAGCCAUCAAGGGGACGAUUGAUGAGUGGAAAGUGUCCAAAGAGUUCAUUGGCAUUAUCUUGCUGCCAAUAAUUGGGAACGCUGCCGAGCACUACACUGCAAUCAAAGUAGCUAUGCAGAACAAAAUGGAUCUGUCCCUUGGUGUAGCUGCAGGGUCGUCAUGUCAGAUGGCUCUGCUCGUAACUCCUUUCACUGUCUUGGUGGGAUGGUGCUAUGGCACAGAGAUGACCUUGAACUUUCACGCUUUCCAACUUGCUGUACUUCUAUUCUCGGUCUUCCUGGUCAACUCCAUUUUGAAUAAUGGCCAGUCCAACUGGUUGGAGGGCUACAUACUCCUCGUAACUUACUUCGUGGUUUCACUGAUCUACUUCUUUGAGGGUCCCGACAAUUCCCUCGCUUCAUAG